AUGCGUCGAUUAUCAUUCAUAUUACCUUAUAAACAACGAAAUCGACGAGAUUAUAUUAUUAUUCGACUUCCACGAGGUAAACUUGAUCCAUUAAUUUAUCGUAUUGAAUGGGUUUCAGCUUCUAUAAAUGCACUUAUAUUCGCUUUUAUUAGUCAACCAUUUGUUAGUCCACAAUUAAAGAAAUUACUGAAAAAAGAUUAA